ACUUCACAGAGAGUUCACAAGACCCAGCAUCCUCACCUCUCUUUUGCUCUCGCUUCUCUUGUGACUAUCGCAGAUUUUUCUCUCUGCUCCCACUUCUCACUCUCACUCUUACACUUAACUCUCAGAUCUUUUCUUCAUUUCCUCGCUUUGAUUAGUUUCGUGGACGAAGAGAGAGUCAGAGUAACGAAGGGUUGUGUUGUGUACCCUUGUUGCCCUUUUCAAAAAUUAUUUGGAUUAAUAAUUAUAUAGUGUGUGCAUUGGAGAAUGGGUCUAUGAAAAUGAUGCAAAAAAUUGUUCUUUUCUACGAAAGAGGCUGCAAUUGUGUUUGCUGAUUCGUGUCGCGUGCUUUUCUCAACAAGGAGCUCAUGAAUUUUGAAAUGGGCUGUGACGGAUUUCUCAUUUCAGGUAAGAUUUCGUUCAAAAUGUUAAUUGGUUUUGAGAUGAGAGAUUUGGGUUCUGGAGUUGAGAGAACCGAAUGGUGAAAAAAUGUUUCCUUUCGCCACAGAACACUGUAUGUUGAUGUGGUAGGAAUAGGAAAAGGAGAAAUGGAGAUGGAGAAAAGACGUUCCAAGGGAAGCUUCCUCAGCUUGUUUGAUUGGAACUCCAAAUCUCGAAAGAAGCUGCUUUGGAACAAUCCUACCGUACAUGAGGUUUCAAAGCAAGGGAAGGAAAAUGUGGAGAACUUACCAAAGUCGCAGCUCAGUAGGAUAAAGGUGGAUGAAAUUGGAGCAAGUCCAAGUAACAUUGGAUGUUGUGAGUUUGAUAGCAACCUCUCUAUUUGUAGUGAUGAAGGAUGUGGGAGUAAAGCUCCUGGGUUAGUAGCGAGACUAAUGGGUUUGGAUUCAUUGCCAGCUUCAGCAGUCAAUGAGCUCUCGUGCAAUUCUUUAUAUAGCUCUAACUCUCACGGAGCUUCUCAUUGUAAUGAAAGUGCUCUGCAUUCAGUGGAUGACUUUCACGCUGCCGACUACAUAAACAUGCCACAUAAGAUGGAGAAAUCUUCUUUGGAUGCCAAGGAAUCAAGGGCACGUAAAGUGGAAAACCUUCCAAUAAAGAGAUUUCAAACUGAAAUGUUGCCUCCAAAGUCAGCUAAACCCAUUCCUGUUACUCACAAUAAACUGUUAUCUCCUAUCAAGAGUCCUGGUUUUCUGCCACCAAAGAACGCAGCUCAGGUAAUGGAGGCAGCUGCUAAGAUAAUUGAGGCAAGCCCUCGGCCAUAUAUGAGGAAAAGAAUGGCAUCCGCCGGGCCUUCAUCAGUUCCUUUGAGAAUUCUUGAUUUGAAAGAGAGAUUGGAAGCUGCACAAUGUGCAUCCGUGCCUGAAAAGCCUGUGCAUUUGGGAAAUGCCAAUCCUGCAAAUGGAAAGCUUAGUGAGAGGAGCAAUAAUCUGUAUAAAUGCACUUCAGCAUUCAAGGGUUCAAGAGAUUCAGAAAAAAUUAGUUCUUACCCUUUAGCAAGUAAAGGAAAAUCAGUUUCACUCACUAUACAAGCCAAAACCAAUGUUCAAAGCCGAGAUACAUUGGUUUUAAAUGGUGAUAGGAAAUAUGUGAAGCAGAAAGAGAAGAAUGAUGUAAAGUCAAAUCAGCUCUCAAGGAGCCAGAAACCAAGUGCUCAUCGUGCCAUGCAGCAGAGAACUUCCACAAGUCGAAAUAGCAAUGUGCUUGGGCAGAAUAAUCAAAAGCAAAAUAGCAUGACCACCAAAGGUAAAUCAACUUCUAAAAUAGAUUUCAAUCAGCCAACAACACAAGCUUCGUCUUCAGAAAGUUCUACUGGAACAAGGAAGACAAAAAACAAGGGUGCUAUAAAUACCAAUAUUCAGCCAAAAAGGUCAAGCACUAGGGCAACUGAUAACCAAAAGGAGUUUCCACGAUUCAAAACAGAGAGUAUCUCCCAAAAGAAAAAGUAUAUCAGCAGAGAUGUUCUUAAGGCAAGAGGUCCUGAUAAUGGAGUGAAUAGUUUUGAAAGCAAGUCCAUUAAAUGCAAUUUUACAACUGAUGGAAGUUUUGAUCAAGAUGCAUUUAACAUGAAAGAGAGCAAGGAUGUUAUUUCAUUUACAUUUACAUCUCCCUUGAGGAGAAGCAUGCCUGAGUCACCAUCCUCUACUGAGCAAGUGAUGGGAACCAGAAAUAGAAUUGAUGUCAACUGUCUUGGGCACAAUGAUAAUCUUUAUGCCAAAAAAUUAUCAUUAUCUCCACCAGGGUUAAAUAUGAUAGAUGGUGAUGCUUUAAAUGUCCUGUUGGAGAAAAAGCUUCAAGAAUUGACAUCUAGAAUAAACUUACCUCAAUGUACCCUGGCCACAGAGGGUCCUUCUACCAGUUUGAGAUCUAGUUUGCAAGACAAAUUUCCCAGUGUGAUAAGCACCGUGCCUAAGGAACAGGAGAAGAGCUUUCACCCUGACCUGUUUAGUGAUAAGCCGGAUAGCAUGCAUAAACUUCAUUUUUGUUCAAGUGAUGAUCCAGUGCUUAACAUGAAUCAGCAACUGCAGACAUUAGAAGUAAGGGAAGAUCCUAGCUGUAGCAGCAACGGUGAAAGUAGAAAUGAUCUAGUUUGCCAACUUUCCACCGCUGUCACUUUUGAAACUCCUUUGGUCAGUGAAAGUUACUUGGAUAGUGAAGACAGUGCAUAUGGCAGCACCGUUUAUUCUUCCAUGCAAGAUGAAGAAGUAUCUAAUAUUUCCCAGACAAACGAAUCUCCAUCACUUGAAGAUGAGGUGAAAUGGUCAGAGCAAAGCUCUUCCACAUUGAUGGGCAUAAAUAUGACCGUGAAACAAAUAAGUGGAACAUCAAAUUUGGUAAAUUAUAAAAGAUCAAGUGACAUGGAACUUGAAUAUGUACAGGAUGUACUUGGCAAUGCAGAGUUUUUGUCGGAAGAAUUUGUCACUGGUGAGACUAACAUGGUCAUAAUGCCAAAUCUCUUUCAUCUGUUGGAGAAUCUGAACAAUGGAAUAGAAAACUACGGAGAAGAGUACUCAAAGCUUGAAAGGAAGGUUAUAUUUGACUUUGUGAGUGAGUGGCUAGAGUUCAAAUGUAAGCAAGCUUUUGUUGGAACAUGCAAAGCAUGGCUUGGAUGGGUGACAUUAGUUCAGAGGAAGAGUUGGAUGGCUGAGGAAUUGUACAAGGAGAUGCUACGUUUUAGAAGCAUGGAAGAGGUAAUGGUGGAUGAGCUUGUCAACAAGGACAUGAGCACUGGAUGCGGGAAAUGGCUUGACUUUAAUGUUGAAGCAUUUGAAGAGGGUUUAGAAGUUGAAGGGGACAUUCUAGCUUAUUUGAUUAAUGAAUUGGUUUCUGAUUUGUUACAUGUUUAACCACUUGAUGGCCUCCAUUUUUUACAUUAUAUUCUAUGUAAUGCGUAUGAAGACUUGACGAUAAGGAUCGAUACCAUUGAAAUUGUUAAAAAGAAACACGGUAGCGUCUCGUUGAAUAUAAUUCAUCAAGUCCCCACAAUGUUUUUCCAACUUGAUAAUAUUUUUAGUACUUUUUACCUGUAGAAUUUCUUUUAAGAAACUUGUGUAUAUGGUAUGUAUGUGUGUUGAAAGUUGUUCAAGUUCCCUGU